AUGUCUAACCCAGACGUUGAUGUGGUGGAGUCACCUACUACGUGUAGUAGAGACAGCUCCAGCGCGGUCCUCAUAAACCUGAAAGAUGAGGGUCCCGGCGGCGAUGUUGAUUCGACAUUUCUCGACAACGACCCCCCAUGUAUCGUGGGGAUGGCGUGCCGUCUUCCCGGGGAUAUCCGCUGCCCCUCCGAUCUCUGGGGUUUCCUAGCCGAGCAGAAGUCGGCUCAAGGACCUGUCCCGCCGGAGAGGUACAACAUCGACGGCUUCUACGACCCUCAGGGGAGCCGAAGCGGAACAACCAAUGUGCCCGGCGGGUAUUUUAUAAAAGAGGACAUCCGCCAGUUCGACAACGCCUUUUUCGGCAUCAAUAAUCUGGAGGCUACAUAUAUGGAUCCCCAGCAGCGUAAGCUACUGGAGGUCGUAUAUGAGUGCCUCGCGAGUGCUGGAACGUCCAUGGAGAGCGUGGCUGGUUCCAAUACCGGCGUUUAUGUCGCUAACUUCUCCGUUGAUUACCAACCCAUGCUAACUCGCGAUCCGGAUUAUUUGCACCGAUACGUUGCUACCGGUUCAGGAGCCACCAUAAUGUCAAAUAGGAUCAGCCACGUUUUCAAUCUCCACGGACCGAGUUUUACCAUAGACACUGCGUGUUCAUCAUCCCUCUAUGCCCUCCACCAAGCCUUAAAUGCCAUGAGGAUGGAUGAUUGUGAUAGCGUUAUUGUGGCUAGCUGCAAUAUGAUCAUGUCCCCCGAGCUUCAUAUUGCUGCAGCCAAAAGCGGGGUUCUCUCACCCACGGGAACAUGCCAUACUUUCGAUGCCUCAGCUGAUGGAUAUGGCCGUGCCGAGGGCGUCAACGCCAUUUACGUAAAACGCCUAUCCGAUGCCCUUAGGGACGGGAAUCCCAUCAGGGCAAUUAUACGCGGGAGUGCUGUAAACGCGAGCGGGAAAACGCCCGGGAUUUCACAGCCUAGUGGGAAGCUGCAAGAGGCGGUCAUGCGCAAGGCGUACCAGAACGCCGGCCUAGACCGCGCCGACACUGACUAUGUCGAAUGCCAUGGGACUGGCACUCCAGUUGGUGAUCCUAUAGAGGUCGAUGCCAUCGGGAAAUGUUUUGCGCGACCUGAAGGACCUCCGCUUCUCAUCGGAUCAGUAAAAACAAAUGUCGGACAUAGUGAGGGAGCCAGUGGUCUCACUUCUAUACUCAAGGUCGUCCAAGCCUUUGAGAAUAAUAAGAUCCCGCCAUCGCGAGGGAUAGUCAUGCUGAAUCCCAAACUCAAUCUAGCAGAACACAACUUAGUAGUUGGCAAGAAGUUGGAAGAGUGGCCGCGAGCGCUUCGUCGCGCUAGCAUCAACUCUUUCGGGUACGGUGGCGCCAACGCCCACCUUAUUCUCGAGUCCACAGAGAGUUAUCUCGGCUACGAUUACUCAGCGAAACAAGAGUGCCAAAUCAAUGACUUGGCCGCGAAAGAUGAACAGAAGCUUCUAGUUUUGCCUGUGUCAGCGGCGUCUCCCAACUCGCUAGAUACACUUGUUCAGCAAAUAUCCGAAAGAGUAACACAGGUCCGCGAUAAGGAGACAAUCCAGAAUUUAGCGUAUACACUCGCCAAAGGCCGAGACUACCUACGGCACAAAAGUUUUCUUUUAGUUGACCAUCAAGAUGGUUGUGGGAAGCUCGUCCCCGUAACGACAGAUGGAGCUACUCCGACAGGCACUGCCAAUUUGCUGCCGCUUGGCUUUGUAUUUACUGGACAAGGAGCACAAUACGUUGGUAUGGCUAAAGAGCUGAUGCUUGAGAGUCAACAUUUUCGCAAUACGAUCCGUCGUCUUGACAGCGUGCUUUGCACUCUAGCCCCGCCUCAUGCGCCAGACUGGACACUUGAACAGACGUUGCUGAACGACAAAGACGUUCGUAUCAACGAAGCGAUCCGCAGCCAACCAAUUUGCACUGCUGUCCAAAUAGCACUUGUCGACCUGUUGCACAGCUGGGGCGUUCGUUUUACGUCAGUGGUUGGUCACUCGUCAGGCGAGAUCGCCGCAGCCUAUGCCGCUGGUUUCCUUACUUCCUCACAAGCUAUUCUAGUAGCUUACUUCCGUGGCUAUGCCGUAAGCAAGUUACUCUGUAAGGGGGCCAUGAUGGCGGUUGCUUUAAAUCCCGAGGCAGCCAAGUCGCUCAUUAAGAGCAAAGGGCUAGAGUCACAAGUCUGUGUUGCGUGUACUAACACACCUGAAAAUGUGACGUUGAGUGGGACUCCGGAUGGAAUCGAAACCCUCGGCCAGGAACUACAAGGCCAGAAUAAGUUUGCCCGAAAGCUAGAGACGGGCGGUCGCGCUUAUCAUUCCAAUAUGAUGAAAGAAAUAGGGUACUUAUAUGAGGAGCUUCUCACACCGUUAUUCGAUAGCAAGCUGCGCGGGAAUGGCAGCAGUAACGACACGGUAGCUUCGGUGUUUAGCGCAAAAAUGUAUUCCUCCGUGGGCCAUAGCCAUAACAGUCUCGGUGGUAUAAACAGUCAAACAUACAUGCCAGCGUAUUGGAGAAAGAAUCUAGAACAGCCAGUCCAGUUCGCAGCCGCACUCACGAACUUGGUGGUGGGGGGUGACAACGCUGUCCAUUUGAUAGAGAUAGGCCCUCACGCGGCACUCAAGGGGCCCAUCAAACAGAUCCGGAAAUCGCUUGGGCUAGACGAAAAGUCACUUCCCUACUCUUCGACGCUAGUCAGAAACCAAGAUUCUGUAUUCAGCAUGAAGCUGCUAGCCGGCACGCUGUUUACAUAUGGUUGUCAGACGAUGAACUGGGAUGUGGUUAACGGACUCCCCGAAUCAGGCUCAAGAAUCCUUUACGAUCUCGCACCAUACCCAUGGGAUUAUUCAGAGGGGCUGCUGUGGAGUGAACCGCGGGCCAGUUUUGAGAUGAGGAACCGGAAGUACUUACGUCACGAACUCCUCGGCACACUAGCGCUCACGGGUAACGGCAUCGACUUCACGUGGCGUAACCUCCUACGCCUAAACGAAACACCGUGGCUUCGAGACCACAGGUUAGAAGAUCAAAUCGUCUUCCCAGCUGCUGGAUACAUGGCGCUUGCCAUCGAGGCCGUGUCGCAAAUUACAGGCGUUAAGAAUAAGCCGGCGAUUCAGCUUGCCUUCGAGUUUCGCAACGUCAGUUUCAUCGCUGCCCUCAACGUACCCGACGAGGAUAGAGACGUUUAUUCCGCGGCUAAGGACGUAGAAUUGCAUACCACUAUGUCCGCACGUAAGAUAUCCAAUGCCAACAGCUCGGCCGACUGGCACGACUUUUCUGUCUCAUCAUGGUUGGCUGGUCGUACCACAGUGCAUUGUACGGGGAGCAUUCGUUUGACCUCCCCACGCCGAGGCGCUGGGGUAGAUGACAGUGUUACCUUGCAGAAUACAAACGGCUUCGAUACCUGGUCUAUGAGUAGAUGGUACACCAAAUGGCACCAAGAAGGACUGUGCUUUGGUCCACACUUCCAAUCCCUGACGAGUUUGCGAACUGACGGUAGUCGAAGUCGGCGCGAGGCUAUUGGGACUACGAAGUUGCAGCCUCCCAUUGCAGCAGGCGGCAAUGGCUACCCCGUACACCCUAUUACCAUAGAUGCAGCCCUCCAGGCAGCGAUUCUCAGUACGACAGCAGGACUAGUGCCUGCGUUAAAAACCUGGCUCCCCGUUUUUAUUGCGGAGUGUAGAAUCCAGCCUGUACAAGGGGCGCUCACAACGGACGUGAACGGCGAGUAUCAACCCGAGGCCGAGGCCGACAGCACGAUCCACGCGUGUUCUGAGGAGACGGGUCUCUCUAGCAGAAGGAUCGAUGGUACGCUUCGAGGUUUCCAUGGAAUGCCUAUAGUUGACUUUAGAGGCGGGCGCAUCUCACUAUAUACCGGCAAGAAUACCUCCGCAGAACAACAACCAGGGGGCGUCAGCGACGGUAGCAACAGCGACCGCCAUCUUUCUCAUGUGUACACCCAGCGCCAGCCGACUCUGAGGAUACGCUGGAAACCCGACAUCCAACGCCUGCACCCAGAAGGUGAAGUUCAGCUAAGGAAUUAUAUAGCUUCCUUCAUAGACCAACAGCAUAUGGACAUGCGUGAUGACGAGAGUCUUGCUGUCAUUGGCGCCCUUUUAGAUAUUUCCGGGCAUAAGAACCCACAGAUGAGAGUCCUAGAGCUUGACGGAGACUCGUUCGGAUACAAAGCCAAACAAUGGCAGUCUAUACUGGAUAAAGACACGGCUUUCUCGCGUUGCCAGUCCUGGAAUUUUGGGAAUAUGGAUGAGGAUGGAGACAUACUAAUAAAUAGGGAUGGCUAUGAAGGCACUUUUGACGUUGCUCUGAUUCCUAGACACGAUACUUCGAAACGGGUAUGGGACCAGGCAUCUAAGCAGGUCGUCAAGUUAGUCUCCGACCAAGGCAUUAUAAUUAUGCGGAAGUCAAAAGCUGCCAUAUCGGAGUUGAAAGCCGCCGGCUUUGGCGUAUGGGAUGCCGGGAAACAGGUUCUCUUAGCCGUACGGUCACCGCAAACGACCAGUUUAACAGGGCGUAAUGUUUUGAUCAUAAGAGCUGAAAAUCCAUCAUCUGUCAUAACAGACUUCGCGAACACUUUAGCAACAUUUCUAAAGCAGAUGACCAGUAUAGCUCAUGCGAGUAUCGUCGCUCUCCGUCAACUUGAUAGCACAAAGAUCGUCGAAACGGACAUAUGCAUAUCUCUGCUAGAGGUGGAAAACGAGUUCCUAGCAACGAUGAGCUCGCAAAACAUGAAUCGCCUACGUGCCAUAACAGACACAGCGACAGAUUUACUUUGGUUCACGGGUGCAGAUAUGCUGGGCGAUAUGAUGAACCCAAAUCUAACUCUUUCUGGUGGUCUCUCGCGCGCGUUAAUGCUAGAGCAGCCAACAUUGCGAUACUCGAUUCUUGAUGUCGGCCCCCCAGAGAAGCUCGACUUCGCUACAGCCUGUAAAAACGCACUGGCAGUCUUAGUAGCCAAGUACGACAAAGACGAUUGCGAAUUUAUUGAAAAGAAAGGCCUCUUGCACAUCAGCAGGUAUGGACCCGAUUUUCAAACCAAUGUCAUUUUUCGACGGCGGUUAGGGCUGCAGGAUGAGAGACAGAUGCAGACAAUUGCAGAGGCAAAGCGGGCACGACUAUCGGUUGGUCGAGUCGGGGCGAUGGACACGUUAUUUUUCCAGCAGCUGUCGGAACUGGAACUGAGCCCGGAGAAGGUCAGGAUAUCUUCAGAAGACUACGUCGAUAUUGAGGUCAAGGCAGUGGGUCUCAACGCUAAGGAUGUGUAUGCAAUAGGCGGACGCGUAGACACGCGUGAUAAGACGACAGCCUUCGACUUUUCUGGUGUGGCAACAGCCGUAGGUCGCGAUGUUAAACGCGUCAAAGUGGGAGACCGCGUUGUUGCUUCUGCGCCACACCAUCUCGGGACGGCGGUACGAGUGCGGUCUGGAUCCGUGCACAAGAUGCUAGACGAGGAGCAAUUCACAGUGGUGCCAACGUUGCUGCUCGUCUACAGCACUGCUCUGUACGCCAUUAACGAGCGUGCACAUCUACGUCGCGGGGAAUCCAUUCUAAUACAUGCAGGCUCUGGCGGCCUCGGCAUUGCCGCAAUCACUCUAGCCCAGAGGAUAGGCGCUGUAGUCUACACCACCGUCGGGUCGCAGACUAAGCGCGACUACUUGAUUAACCAAUUAGGCAUCCCACCGUCGCACAUCUUCAGCUCCCGCGACUCAUUUUUCGUCCAGGCCAUAAUGCAAGCCACCGACGGCCGUGGCGUCAACGUCGUCAUCAAUUCGCUGAUCGGUGAUUUGAUGCACGAGAGCUGGCGCUGUCUAGCUGAGUUUGGGCGUUUUGUUGAGAUCGGUAAGCGUGAGCUAAUCGAUGCUGGCAAGUUGGAUAUGCGCGUGUUCCUUCGCAACGCCACCUUUACUGCCUUUGAUCUGUCCGAAUUGUUCUAUGCGAAAGACCCCUUCCAUCGCGCCAUCUGGGACAAACUGGUAGCCGAAACGCUACAGCUCUAUCGCGCCAAAGAGAUCCCGUCACUCCCCAUGAAGGUUUUCGAUGUUAGUCAAAUUGCGCAGGCGUAUCGGUAUUUCGGCAGUAAAGACAGACUAGGUAAGGUUGUUAUUUCGAUGGAGAAUCCCUGCGCCCGUAUUCCGGUCGCACUAGCUACAUAUAUGAGCGUGUUUGACGCUGAGAAAGUCUACCUCCUCGUUGGAUGUCUAGGCGGUUUAGGACGUAGUCUCAGUCGAUGGAUGAUGACACGGGGAGCCCGCCAUUUCGUCUUCCUAGGUCGUUCCGGGGCCGAUAAGCCCAGCGCACGACAGCUCGUCUCUCAGUUAGAAGAGGUCGGCGCUACCGUUAGAGUAGUACGUGGUGAUGUCUCCAAGGCUGCCGACGUAACGGCCGCAGUUUCGACCUGUGUAACUGCGGGGCAGCGCAUUGGUGGCGUCAUUCAGGCAGCCAUGGGACUCCAUGAAGCCCUAUUCACCCGCAUGCCCAAUGAAGCUUGGCAUACGGGUAUUGAUCCCAAAUGGCAAGGCACCUGGAAUUUGCACAAUGCGUUGCAGGUGCAUAUCGAGAAAGACAGACAAAACGAGCCCGACUUUUUCUUACUCACUUCGUCAGUCUCGGGGACCGUAGGUACAGCGACUGAGAGCAAUUACUGCUCAGCGAAUGGCUUCCUCGAUGCCUUUUCGCGCUGGCGUCGGUCGCGCGGCCAACCUUGCGUCUCGGUUGGCCUAGGCAUGAUCUCAGAGGUAGGAUACCUGCACGAGAACCCAGAGAUAGAGGCACUCCUACUUCGAAAGGGGAUUCAACCGCUUAACGAAGAAGAAUUCCUCCAAGUCGUUGACCUGGCGCUAGCUAGUGAGGCAGUGUGCAACCCGAAGGAAGCACAUCUACUCACUGGUCUAGAGCCAGCCGCGAUUCGCGAGUUAAGUGUUCGCGGCUUCGACGUGACUAGCCACGGCACACUAAUUGAGGCGCGCGCCGCCAUAUUGCUAGCUUCGUUGUUAGCUGAGAAGAAAGUCAUCUCAGACUCCCAAGGCGGACAGAUUUCGGUAGUGACAGCAGCACCAUGGUUCAGAAACGUGCCCGCAGCUCUAUCAGCCGCUUUUUCGCCAGAAGCUGAUGCCGAUACUAUGCUAGAGGCCAUUCUACGAUUGAUCAAGAAACGGUUCUCUAAUCUCAUUUUGAUGCCUCCAGAUCAAAUCAAUGAGAAUAAACCGUUACCCGACUUUGGUGUCGACAGCAUGAUCGCAUCCGAGUUCCGAUCUUGGUUUUGGUCGGUCUUCCAUGUCGAUAUCCCUUUCCUUGACAUUAUGAGUGCGCAAACACAUAUUAUUAAGCUAGCUGAAGUCGUUGAGGCGAAAUUGCAGGUAGCUACUAGUUAG